AUGAAAUCGCUCAGGUUGCCGGCUCCUGUCCUCCUCUGCUUCCUUCUACUGACCAAGGGGUUGGGAGCUGCGCUCCCGGGGCACCCUGAGGCUCAGCCACCUCCCCCCAGCUCUGAGAAUAAAGAGCCGGUAGCUGGGGACGCAGUGAUCGGGCCGAAGGAUGUUAGAGCUCCAGAGGUCCGAGCCGCUCGAAAUUCAGAGCCACAGGACGAGGGAGAGCUUUUCCAGGGCGUGGAUCCCCGGGCGCUGGCCGCGGUGCUGCUGCAGGCACUCGACCGCCCGGCCUCGCCCCUGGCACCUGGCGGCUCCCAGCAGCGGCCAGAGGAAGAAGCAGCAGAAGCUCUGCUGACUGAGACCGUGCGCAGCCAGACUCACAGUCUCCCAGCGCCAGAGACCCAGGCGCCCGCGUCCCCGCCUCGCCAUCAGACUAAGGAGAAUGGUCCCGAGGCGGCCGACCCCUCCGAGGAGCUCGAGGCACUAGCUUCCCUGCUUCAGGAACUGCGAGAUUUCAGUCCGAGCAGCGCCAAACGCCAGCAAGAGACGGCGGCAGCAGAGACGGAAACCCGCACGCACACGCUGACCCGAGUCAACCUGGAGAGCCCCGGGCCGGAGCGCGUGUGGCGCGCUUCCUGGGGAGAGUUCCAGGCGCGCGUCCCGGAGCGCGCGCCCCUGCCGCCCCCUGCUCCCUCUCAAUUCCAGGCACGUAUGCCCGAGAGCGGGCCCCUUCCCGAAGCCCACCAGUUCGGGGAAGGCGUGUCCUCCCCCAAAACACACCUAGGUGAGGCAUUGGCACCCUUGUCCAAGGCAUACCAAGGCCUGGGCGCUCCCUUUACCAAGGCGCGCCGGCCGGAGACCUCACUCCUGAGCGGCUCUGAGGCGGGAGAGCGCCUUCUACAGCAAGGGCUGGCGCAGGUAGAAGCCGGGCGGCGGCAGGCGGAGGCCACACGGCAGGCCGCGGCGCAGGAAGAGCGGCUGGCCGACCUCGCCUCCGACCUGCUGCUCCAGUAUUUGCUGCAGGGUGGGGCUCGGCAGCGCGGCCUGGGGGGUCGGGGGCUGCAGGAGGAGGAGGAAGAGGAGGAGCGAGAGACCGAGAGGGAGCAGGAGGAGGCGGAGCAGGAGAGACGCGGCGGGGAGGAGCGGGUGGGGGAAGAGGAUGAGGAAGCGGCGGAGGCGGAGGCGGAGGCGGAGGAGGCGGAGAGGGCGCGACAGAACGCGUUACUGUUCGCUGAGGAGGAGGACGGGGAAGCCGGAGCCGAAGACAAGCGCUCGCAAGAGGAGACGCCCGGCCACCGACGAAAGGAGGCCGAGGGGGCAGACGAGGGCGGGGAGGAGGACGACGACGACGAAGAGAUGGACCCGCAGACGAUCGAUAGUCUCAUUGAGCUGUCCACCAAACUCCACCUGCCAGCGGACGACGUGGUCAGCAUCAUCGAGGAGGUGGAAGAGAAGCGGAAGCGGAAGAAGAACGCCCCUCCCGAGCCUGUGCCGCCCCCCCGGGCCGCUCCCGCCCCCACUCACGCCCGCUCCCCGCAGCCCCAACCCCCCGCCCCCGCCCCAGCUCGAGAUGAGCUGCCCGACUGGAAUGAGGUGCUCCCGCCCUGGGAUCGGGAGGAGGACGAGGUGUUCCCCCCGGGGCCCUACCACCCUUUUCCCAACUACAUCCGGCCGCGGACACUGCAGCCGCCCGCUGCCUCGCGCCGCCGCCACUACCACCACGCCCUGCCGCCUUCGCGCCACUAUCCCGAUAGGGAGGCCCAGGCGCGGCGCGCGCAGGAGGAGGCGGAGGCGGAGGAGCGCCGGCUGCAAGAGCAGGAGGAGCUGGAGAAUUACAUCGAGCACGUGCUGCUCAGGCGCCCUUGACCGGCCCCGGCCCCGCCCCCGCGCGC